UCUAGUUGAACUUCGCCUUGGCCCUUGCACUCCACUGAAAAAAGACAAUGUCAGUUCGACUUAUGGCCAUGCAUGGUACAUGAUAGAAUUGAAGCUUCAUUAACAGACAAAACGUACACGUAGAGUGACUUUCGUACGGUAGACUAUAAACUACAAAAUAGGGCUGAAAAGUAAUCUUACUUACUAAACAAUAUAAGAUAACAAAAAUCUUCAUACAAUCAGGCGGGGCUAAACGUGAGUGUCAUCUUUUCUCAUUACAAAGCAAUCUUUAUGUAUUUAGCUAUCUUAGCACUAUGAAAGCUGUCGGAUCUAAAGAUAUAGUCAAAUCUACUUUUGGUAUAGCUUUUCUUGAAAUCUGUUGCAUUUAGACAUGGGACUGUGAAUAACUUAUUGCGUAAUAUCAUACUAGAACAUUCCAUGACAAAUGAAAUUCAGUUUAAAUGUGCUUUAUAGAUGAUUAUAUACAUGUAGAAUCAAAUCUUAUUUACAUUUUUAUUUAGUCUGUGCCUGAAACAACUCUACAUUGAGCUUGCACCAGAAUUAUUUCUACUUUCAGACCCCCAAAAAAGUUAUUUUGGCCACCUGUGCCCUGAUAACAAAACCUUAUAAGUUAUAGGGUAACUGGAGAGUUUACCAGAGUACUGAAUAAAGUGCUUUUAGUGCACGCGAGAGUAGUGGGCACUAAGACGUAGCAUUUUUACUUCUUAAAAGUUGAAAAGCCCAUUGGAAAAUGACAUCCAUGACCGAAGCGGGAAAGUUUCAUAUUGUUGCAGAGCUGCUGAGUAGUCCGUUUAAUGACCCCAAUUACUAUAAUGGGUUUUCAAAUUAGUUCUUCUUUGUUGAAAAUGAAACACACGUGCUACUGCAUACAUUCUUAUAUUAUUAUGAUCCAUUGCAACUGGAACAACAUCAGGCGGACGUUUUAGAAUCAGCUUAGAAAUCAACCUGAUAAUCUGUACCUAGAUACACAGACACACAGAAAGAGAUACGUAAAAAUUAAUAACCACUGAAGGCAUUACUCACACACAAAUGUAAGUGUUCUCUGCGAAGUCUCUAUGACUUGGCAGUUCGUGUUCCGAUCAAUAAUUUAAUCAUAGCAAAAUUGGUCAUCAAUUAUUCAACACCUGCUUCAUUGACAACAUACUUCAAUGUGCGUGUUUGGGUGUGAUACCAUGACGUAGUAAUUCCAUCACUCUAAACGGUCAGGUUUUUUAUUUGGCAUCUAAAACAGUCACAUUUCUAUGACAUUUGGAGAGGCGUUGAAGCAAUAUGUCGCACGGCGUGAACAGAAACCAAGAUGGUGGAUUCGCACAGCCACAGCCUGGCAGUGACGUCGCUACUGUUUUCAAGCCACAGUCCAAUGUAGACCCUGCCAUCGUUAGUAACUAUGGAGGGACCGUUUACCCUUCUAACGUGCCUUAUUAUCAGCCAGUACCUCACGGGAACACCGGCCAAUGGAAUGGAGGGCAUCCGGGCCAAGCAUCACACGGGCAUCCACUGGCACCACCGGGACACGGACACCCACUGGCACCACCGGGACACGGGCACCCACUGGCACCACCGGGACACGGGCACCCACUGGCACCACCGGGACACGGGCACCCACUGGCACCACCGGGACACGGGCACCCACUGGCACCACCGGGACACGGGCACCCACUGGCACCGGCGUACCCUCCCGUCUCUCACCAACCAGUGCCGACUAACAAAGGUGUGCUGGUGCAGGGCGCAGGUCCAGCCACUACAGGGCGGGGCCAGCAGUAUGUCGCGGUGACUCAGAACGGAAGGCGUGGCCAGAGGCAGCGGACGAAUGACUCCACCCCUUUCAUCUGCUGCUUCGUGUGUUGUUUCAACCCAUGUGAUUGCGACUUCUGCUGUGAUGUCUGUGAUUGUAGUCUGUGUUUGUGUCUGUGACUUUUAAAACUACGUACAUUUAAUGAAAUACAUUUACAAAUUUGUGCUCCUACAAGCAUAUUGUAAAGGACAUAUGGUAAUAAAGCAAGAGUGCGAUUACAGUUAUAUGAUUAUGUUUUUUUUCUAAAUCUAGUCAUUAUGGCUAAUGUACAGUCAAACCUGCCCUGUACACUUGUAUACAAUUGAAGAUGGUAUUUUUCUGGUAGAUGUAGAAAGUACAGACCGCAACAAAAUGUAUCAAUAGAGCAUAGAUAAAUUGGCAUUUGCAUCUUUCAAUUCGAGUCAGUUUGUGAAUUUCCAAAUGACUACUUGAAAGUUCUCCGUCGAUAGUUACGAAAUCUAAACUUUACAAUCUAUGAUGAUA